AUGUCCAUGGACUUCUUAAUUUCGUCCAUGCCUGUCCAUUGUCCAUUCCAAGUCUUUAUAGAACAAUCAUCACAAAGUUCUAAUUUAAACAAUCGUAAACGUAGUCUACCACGAGAAGAGGAAACAACAACAACAAUCGAUGAUGAACCCAUUCCUCUGGAAACAAGUCGUCGUGGUGGUAGCAGUAGCAGCAUGAGAGGCCGAGGCAAUAUAGCAUCAGAUCAUAAUGUAACAACAGGUCGUGGUGGUUCAGAAGUGAUUGUUACAGAGAAAGGAAAUGGUGGUAAAAGAGGACGACGGUAG